AUGGUGGCAGGACACGUCAGCAAAAUGAUCAACCAACAGACUGUAGUCCAUUCAAAUGGGAUAUUUCAUGGUCUUCCAACCUAUCCUAGUACCGAGGGUACACAAAACCUGACAGCCCUUGUGGCGGGGGCUACGGGUCUAUCUGGCUAUCACCUGGUCAAAGUGUUGGCUGCGUCACAGCGCUGGACAAAGAUAUACUGCCUGAGUUCGAGGCUUCUUCCUCAAAACUUCUUCCUUGAUCUUGGAGAUGGCAGUGGGAAAGUCGAGCACGUGGCCAUUGACUUUCUUCGGCAGCCAGCCGAAAUUGCGGAGUGUCUCAGUGGCACGAUCAAGGACGUCGAUCACGUAUUUUAUUUCUCGUAUAUGCAGCCACCUCCCAAAGGUGAUGUCUUGGACCUCUGGGCUCAUGCUGAUGAGCUGGCAAAGAUCAACCUGUCUUUGUUUCGAAAUUUCAUCGGUGGUCUACAGCUAGCAGGCUUAAAACCAAAGAGAUUUAUGCUCCAGACAGGAUCUAAACACUAUGCGUUUUACCUUGGCCCAGCGGCAAUUCCAGCUUUCGAAUCUGACCCGCGUGUGACGAUUGAUGACAAUUUCUACUACGCACAGGAAGAUGCCCUCGUCUCUUACUGCAAAUUGAACGGAUCACAAUGGACCGUAUCACGGCCCACGUAUAUCAUCGGAGCAGUUCGCGACGGGUCUCUGAACCAUCUCAUCGGCUUCGGAAUUUACGCUUCGGUACUGGCGUACAUGAAGCAGCCGCUCUUGUUUCCUGGGGACUACCGUGCUUGGGACCGUGAACAGCACCAGAGUUCGGGCUUACUGAAUGCUUAUUUCCAGGAGUGGCUAGUUCUGUCCGAAAGCACCGCUGGUGAAGCAUUCAACAUCCACGAUGGAGAUUCAUUCACUUGGGGGCGGCUCUGGCCCUAUCUUGCUCAAUGGUAUGGUGUCGAGUGGCAUCCUCCAGAGACAAAUGAUUCCAAGUAUCGAACUAUGAAGAUGGCACUUCCUAAAACACCAAGAGGAUAUGGCCCUCAGGCAACAAUGAGGUCGACAUUCAGCCUUCUCGAGUGGUCGUUGAAGCCCGAGGUUGAGCAGGCAUGGAAGGAAAUUGCUCACAAGCAUGACCUGGUGCUGAAUCCAUUUGAUCCCCUUUACCGCGCUCGCAUCUUCUCAUUCUCUGACUCGGCUGUCAUCGGGGAUGGCGCAAUGACCUUGAGUAUGCGGAAAGCUCGCAAGCAUGGCUUUUUCGGCACUGUGGAUUCUUAUCACUCCAUAUUUGACUCUCUACAGGAGCUUGCCAGAUUGAAGAUGAUCAUGCCACCAGUUGUGGGUGUAUUUGUUGAGUAG